UAAUCCUCUUAGAGUUGCAGAAAUGUCUGUCAAGGCCACUGAGAAAGUACAGAUAAUGACAGAGUUGGUUGAUCAGACGGAGACUGGUCUGCUCGAAUGUAAAGUGUGCUUUGAAAGAUACAGUCAGCAGAAAAAACAUCGUCCAAGGAACUUACCAUGUGGACAUGUUAUGUGCCUGGAAUGUGUCUCUUCUCUAGCCCAUCCCCGGAAUUUUAAGUUGGAGUGCCCUUUCUGUCGAAGAGCUUGCAAAUCUUCUGAGACCAGUGACUGUUUACCACUAUUGCACUUGAUGGAAAUCUUGAGUCCUUCUGUGACUAAUGCUCCAGUUUCAGGAAGAACAGUUGGGACAGGUGAGGAUAUGGCUGUACCAGCAUCUCAUGUCUUAACAUUCAGUCUUUCAUUUGGUGGAUGGGGAACACUCAUCAAUCCAACUGGGAUUGCCGUAUGUCAAAAGUCUGGCUGUGUAGCCGUAGCUCAUGAUGGCAAGAAGAGGAUUAAGCUGUUUACUUUCAAUGGGAGCUGCAUACAACAGUUUGGGGAAAGAGGAGAGGCAGGAAAUGACAUCAUAUACCCAACUGAUGUCGCAGUCACAUUAGAUGGUCACAUCGUAGUCACAGACAGUGGCGAUCAUUCUGUCAAAGUGUUUGAUUUCAAUGGUAGAGGCAAGCUAGUGAUCUCAGAGUCCUUUUCUUUACCAUGGGGCCUGGAUACUAUGCCUCAGAAUGAUAUUGUUAUGACUGAUUCAGAGGCAGGUGUUCUGUAUCGCUUGACAGCUAACUUUAAAAGAGGGGAACUAAAGGAGGUGAAAAAAAUGUAUUCUAAUUUGUGUAAUCCAAGAAAAGUAGCUGUUUCUCAGAUUUCUGGAGCUAUUACAGUAAUAGAACACCUAAUGGCAAAAGAUCCAAGCUUUGGCUGCACAAGAGUGAAAGUCUUCAGUGCAGAUAUGAAGCUCAUUAGUCAGGUAGAUAGUUUUGGCCUGAGUCUUGUAUUUCCUUCCAAACUAUAUGCCAGUGCUGUUGCCUUCAGCAAGGAAGGUCACAUAAUAGUAACUGAUUCCUAUAACCAAGCCAUAUUUAGUCUUGGCAAACCUGAAGAAUUCCCUGUAUGUAAACCCAUCAUUACGCACGGUCUUUCCUACCCCAUGGGGUUAGCUUACACUGCAAAUAAUUCUCUGAUUGUCUUGGAUGGUGGGGAUCAUUCAUUAAAAGUAUAUACUACCUGUUAAAGUAUUGUGAGAGAGUGCUUCCAUUCAAACUGAGACAAACUGAUCCAGCCAACAACCCAACACAGAUAACAUAUGGCAAGCUCUUCAUAACUCCCCAGCUCUUAUAGCAAUAGUCAACAGAAGCCUUCUCUGUGUCAAGCUACAAAUAUCCUGCUGAUAUGAAACAGACAUAGGUUAGCCAUCCUCUUGCAACUGUUUGCAGUAAGUACUAAGAGUUAUAAAACUCUGAGACUGUGGGUGCUGGGCUUUAGAGACGUCAGUUGCUAUGCAAUGUGGAUGGUUCAAGUGAAAACAUCCUGUCUAAUUGUAUGUCCUAUUGCAACCAGAAAAUGAACUACAACUUCUGCACCCAGACAGUGUUAUAACUAACGACACUGAACUGCCACUAUGAGAUAACUGGAAAUGUAACACAGGGCAGCAGCAUUGUCAGUUGUGCUGCUACAGCCAGUGUCUUCACUAGACAUGUUGCAGAGUCAUCAUGCAAAUCAGUUAAGCUGAACAAAACGGAGCAUGUAAAUGGGGAUGCUAGCAAGCAUGGAAACUGCUUGCUUCAAUGGUUUUUUAUUCACUUCGGUGCUUUCUAAGCUAGUCCUGCAUGCCUAGUAUAUAGAGUUAAGCCUUUCCAAUGGUGGUGCACUUAGGGUUGCCAGUCUCUAGGUGGCAGCUGGAGAUCUUCUGGAAUUACAACUGAUCUCCAGCUGACAAGAGAUCAGUUACCCUGAUGAAAAUGGCUGCUUUGGAGGGCAGACUUUAUGGCAUUAUAUUCAGCUGAGGCCCCUCUUUUCCCCAAGCCCCACCCUCUCCAUGCUCCACCACCAAAAUCUCCAGGAAUUUCACAACCCAGAGCUGGCAACCCUAGUUGUAUUGGAUGUAUCCAUCGGAGAGCAGACCUUAAUUUGCCUCCUGCUAGAUGUCUCUGAAGUGUGAUGUACAUGGUUCCUCUUCAUUGUAACAAUGUAUGUCUAUGAGUGAUUGCUUGCAUUAUUAAAUUAAUAUAAUUGUAUUCAUUGUAGAUAUAAAAGACAUGAUGACUGAAUUGUAUCUCUCUGUGUUACAUGUCUUUAAUAUAAUCAUGUGAUGGCUCUGCUAUGGAUGAAUGGAAGGGCCAGACUACUUGUUAAAUAGCACCAUGAUGAGUAUAUUUCUGACAACCCCAAACAUUGUUCAUCAGUUGUGAAUUUUAUUAAAGAAAUAGUGGGGAAGAUUAACCCAUUCCCAUUUGGCCAUUUUUCUGCAUAAAAUUGCUUCCCCAUCUGUGGUCUCUUGCCCCCCCCCCAGCUGAUGAAAAGAUAAAAAUACUUUCCUCUUAUGGAAUGAAAAACACCUGAGCAGGUGAGUGGAAGAAAUGGCCAGAAGAGAAAGGUUCAGAAAGUAUUGGGGGAAAGAUACGUGCAAUUGCGUCAUGUGACAUGUAAUUUGGCCCUAAAAUACAGGAUUUUGCAUGGUUGUAAAUUUAGUACGAUACAACAGAAGAAGGACCAGUGUAUUCCAAGUAAUACAAGACAUCAUAUAUUGUUGCUUAUAGUGUAAAAGUAUGUUGAGAUAAGUUUAAGAAAUGUCUGAAAUGGUAUAUUGAUUAUUUGAGAUGUUUUAACUAUUAAGACAGGGGAUGCAGUACUUUGUACUUUUCGGUUAUUCUUUUAAAUCUUUUCACUUACUUACACAGCAUUUCUUAAUAAAUUAGGGGGGAAAUCUUAUAAAAAGAGAGACCAUAAUUUUUUUUCCCUUUGGCAAUUCCAAGGGCAAAAAAAAUGUGACUCAUAUUAUGGUUUACACAAACCUAAACUAUUGGAGGUUGUUGAAAUCCUGUUAUAUUUAGUGUUAGAAUUAAGUAGCAGAGGAAAUAUUCAAGGUCCCAGUAUAGAUCUGGGGCAAAAACUUUGAUAUCACUAAAUAAAUAUACAAUAUGCAAACAAUAUUUUAAUAGAAUAUUGAAGUACUUUAGGACAUAUAUGUACUUUAUUUAUUUAAAUUGAUUUAAAUUGGGCUUGCCUAGAAGGUGUAACGUAGAUUGAGCUUGGAAGCAUCUUUAUUUCUGGCCAACUUACUAGGUACAGACUGAAUAACUGAAUGUAUUGAUAAUAUUGGAAUAGUUUUAUAGUUAUUUAAAAAGGAAACCACCAUAACCAGUGCUUUUAAAAUAUGUUUUCUUUUUCAUUUAAUCUUGAGCAUAUCCAAGAAUGGGCUUUUGAAGCCUACUGCUAACUUUUCCCAAUGACUAUUAGAAACUAGAUGUUCCUUCCCACCUGCAUCUUACUUCUUAUUUAUGUUUGUACAGUUUUAUUUUCUUGGUAUGUUUUACUUUCAUCCAGACUAUCCAUUAAUUUCAACAAGGCUUAAAUUCAAGUAACAUGAAAGGCCCAGGCAAAUAAUGCAUGUUGUGGGCUAACAAGCCUUCUCCAAAAUAUACCUGCCCCAUUUUGAGACUACAGCACAUGACGUGGCCAGAAUUACUGCUGCCACACUGUUUUUCAUGUUUGGUUUUUCAUUACAGUCAACUUAUCCUAUCAUACAAUACUGUCCAUGCAUCUAGCUCAGUAUUUCGAAAUGGACAGCGGGAAGGUUUGUCUGCCACAAGAGAAUAGUAUACUCCACAGCCUGGUGCUAUUUCUUUCUAUUUCUUCUCCCUUGAAAGUAAUGGAUAUAACAAAAUAUAUGCAUUUUCUAAAUAGACAUGUUUGUUUGAAUGAUUAUUGCCUAAUGGUAUGAGGAGGGCUACUUACAGGCCAUGAUUGUGAUGUUCAUGUUAGAAAUCUUUACGAGGUUGGCAAGGACAGGCUGCUGUUGCAUCUGAGGAUAUCUCCCCGCCCCCAGGUCUCUACGUGUUUACAGACAACUCUGUAAUCUGAAAGAAUUUCUCACCUGCUACCCAAGACUGCUUAACAAAGAUCAUGGGGACCACAGAUGCCAUCUCUGCCCCCCAUAGCCACUCAGGCAACACUGUUAAAAGACAGGAUAAUGUCAGCCAUGGCAUCAAAAAGCAAUACCCAUCUGUGGUCUAUAUGAGACAAACAGGACAGUCUCAACACAAAAGCAUAAAUAGACAGACAUUUGACAUAAAAAGGGAAAGAUUCAGAAACCUGUGGCAGAACAUUUGAAUCUACCAGGAUAUGCUGCUGCUGAUCUGAAGGCCAAUAUUCUUCAACAGAGGAAGUUCAAAUGGAGAGUCCAUUACAAAAUUACUGAAUUAAUUUGUUCAGUUGGGUUAACCGUAUUAGCAGAUCUGACACUGUUCACAUCUUCUGCAUGUGUUAUUUAAUAUAAAUAACUGAUCUUUAUUACCAGUUACAGAUGUAGUGAUGGUUCACUCUGCCAUCUUAAAUACUUUUAAGUUUUGCAUACAAAUGUCACCAAUUCUUGCAGUUCAUGUCCUUUUAACCAUUGUUUAUAACUUUUCUGCUUUUGUACAGUUAUUUGCUGAAUGAGUUUUCACUUUAGUAAUGCUUCAAUAAACUUGUUUUAUCUUGAAGGAA